AUGGGAAGCAAAGAAACUAAUAUGGAUCCAAAAGAAAUUAAAAAUACCACAGAUAAAAUGUUACCACAAGUUGAUGUAAAUCCAAAAGUGGUUAAAAAUACUGCGAUUUUAAUCGUGGGAUGCACCGGGGCUGGUAAAAGUACGUUAGGAAAUUGGAUUUUAGAUGAAGAUUUAUUCGAAUCAAAAAACAAGAUGGGUAGAGUCACUAAAGAAUGUCAAACUACUCCAAUUCGAAUUGAUGGUAGAGAAUUUGUUAUGGUCGACACUCCAGAUAUACAAGACUACCGAAAUUUUGAAGGAAUAGUUGGUAUGAUUAAACAUUUUCUUGGAGAUGGAGUUAUUAACCAUAUGAUAGUUGCAUUUUCUCAUUUGAAUAAGACGCAAACUGAAGAAUAUCAUAUCGAAGACAGGCUUAAUCUGUCAAUGAAGAAGUUUUUGGAAACUAUAGAAAAUCGGUGGAUUAUUUCUCCGAAUCCAGAUAUAUUUAACAGGAAUGACCAAGUUGUAAAACAAAGUAUGAAUAAUAUCAAAGAGAUGAUUCUUAAAUUUAAUAAGGCAUAUAAUUUACUUAAUUUUAGAGAUGCACGGCGACAAAAGUCAAAUACCACUUUAAUUUUCAUUAUUAUCGGUUUUAUUUCUUUAUUUUUAGGAUUUUUAGGAUUUAAAAAUUAUGAACAUCUUAGAUAUUAUAUAUAA